AUGCAGGAACACAACAACAUCCUUUCCUCCAAACUGGAUGACACCCAGAAACAGCUUCACGAGCAGCAAUCACACUCGGCCCAACUGCAGGACGGUUUGGAACAGACCCUGCAGCUUUGCCAGGAGCAAUCACUCAAAAGCGUACCAAACCCUAGCGGUCAGGAGAGAGGAAAAAAACCGGCCACGGGCGGGCCAUCAGUCUCCCGAAGGCUGUUCGUGCCUUUUCUAGAGGAACGCCACAGGGAAAAUCGAGUUUACUCUGACUGUCGCGACAGACUCAACGAUCGGCGUAGAGAAUGGUGGACAUCCCCGAUUCCGGUCCAAGCGAAACUCAACGAUCGGCACCUGGAUGUACUCGGACCGAAAUCUCGUCUUCGUCGAUGGUACGACGUGAUCGGUCUAGAAGAAACAGACGAAUCCGACUACAUUCCGACCUCUCCUGGAACGACGAUCUCAUGCCAAUCGACAACAUCAAGAUCAUCCCGACGAGAACACCGAUCAACCAAAGAGAGCGAUCAGUAA